AAAAACAACAAUAACGAUUCAACCGCGCCUUGCGACGUACCUCGACAGACAGUCGAAACGGCCAUCCUCUUUAACCCUUUCAUAGGUGUGCUCGAACGUGUGCCCAUAGCGAAUGUUUUUGUUUGUAAGCUCCAAUGGUCAACAAUAGCCUCUGACCGCUUUCAGCUUCCACGUAACGAGUUACAAAGUGUGUAGUUAAUCGAUACCUAGGCAUGAUUUAAUGCUCUCAGUGCGAAGAAUGUUGACGUGAUGAUGAAACUCUGUGCUUGUUCCAAGUUUGAAGUGAAGAAGAAAACGACCGUUAGCAGCAGCAUUAGGCAUCUCAUCGUUGUAUUUAAAAUCUUUAAACGGUGACGGAUGUCAUGAACGUUUUUCGUGUAAGGAAAAAAUGUGGCAGUUGACGCUGAUUGUGGUUUGUGUUGGCGUUUUGUUUUUCUUGGUUGCCGGUCAAAGUUUGGACAAUGUGGAAAAUUACGCUACAGAUGCGGGUGGAAGACUGACUGAAGAUCGUGGUGGAGUCAUCUCAGAAGGGGUGGUUGUUCUCAAUAGGACUUUUAGCCCUUAUUGGCUGACGAACGACAUCAUUGUUGCGAGGGGGGCUAAGUUGAUCAUAGAGCCGGGGGUUGUGAUAAAAGUUCAACCCCAAGUUGGUAUCACUGUUAGGGGAAUCCUGAUUGCGAAGGGAACCGAAGAUGAAAGGAUAAUAUUAACAACUGCAGAAGAGAAAUCGAACAAAGUUAUUCAAUUUCCUGAUAUAAGACUGGUAGAUGGUCCAACAAUUUUGGCAGGUCGUCUUCAACUAAAACACAAAGGAGAAUGGCGAAGCGUUUGCACAAACUCAAAAAAUUGGACACUUGCAGACAUCGAAACAGCCUGCAGACAGCUUGGCUUCCAAGGCGGUUCAUUCUUCAUGUGGUACAACAGACUCAUGCCCCUAAAAUCUAGGCUGUUAUACGAACAACCAAGCUGUUCAGGUAGGGGAAGCUCUCUCUUCGAUUGCAAAUGGAGCACCAGACAAAUGGGUGCAGGCGUUUGCGAUUACCAUCCAGACCUAGCGAUACAAUGCUCACCACGACACGACCGCCCUCUACCGUUUUGGCGCGGACUCAAAUUCGAACACGCUGAACACGACAGAUUCCUCAGCAGAAGUCGAACCUUAUACGUUCCGAAGUCGCUAUCAGAAUUGAACUACGUUAAUAUUAUGUACGCCGGAGCCGGAAGAGACCAGAACACGACCAGUGCCGUGGAAGCCGUAGGUGUGGUACCAAACAUGGACAACGUAGAGAUCCUAAACAGCGCCUACAACGGCAUCAACAUAACCUAUUCCGAAGCACCGGUUUAUUUGAGGAAUUGCACAGUGAGGAACAACAGAGGUUACGGUGUUUUCAUCAACUCUAGCUACGGAUCCGCCCAUAUAGACAACAGUGUCAUCAACGAGAACGGAGGUGACGGAGUGAGAUUCAUCAGAGCUUUGGAAAGACCAGAGGACAGGGUGAACAAGUACGGCUACAACGAUUUCUGCAACUUAGCUGUUCAAACCAGUCAAAUAUACCCUGUACAACUAUUUUUCGAGCAAACUUUCUACCCUAGUUUUGACAGAACUUGCGACAAAGUUUUCACAACUAAGUACGGCGAAGUACUGACUCUCUACAUAGUGCGAGCAGUGACAAGCAAAAAUGACAGUUCGUACAUCGAAGUCUACGACGGUACCAAUCUAAACCGUAGAUUAAUCGCUGGGUUUCCAAUAAGAAACAAUACAAGACCACAGACUAUCACCACAACCGUAAAUCAGAUGUAUAUAAAGUUCAGAGCCGAAUCACUCACUCAAACAGUCGUGUUUUUGCGUCUGGUUGCAGGGGAUCGAAAAAUAUUCGAUUUGAACGUCAGCAAUUCCGAAGUUUCAGACAAUUUAGGCAGAGGAAUAGUGGUCGAUAAUCUACGUUCCCAACUUCAUGUUCACAAAUCCUCCGUAUCUAAAAAUCAAUACGUUGCCGGAGUUCAUGUAACUAGCGGUGUGGGUGAUAUCAACGUUACCGACAGCAAGAUAUUCUUUAAUAACGGAGAUGGAAUCAACGUUACCUAUACUGGAGGUAGCAGAAAUAUCUCUCGGACGUCAAUUAGUUCGAAUCAAGGUUACGGAGUUGCUAUAUGGUUGAAUCACACAACAGAAACAGAAUACGUGUUUACGAACCAGUCCACUGUGUUGCAAUAUUCCGAAAUUUACAAGAAUAUAGAUGUCGGUGUUCUUCACGGGAACUUCUGUGGUCACUCCCACUUCAAUUUCAGCGGAAAUGUGUUCAGGAGUAGUUUGAGCGAUGCUUUGGAGAUUCAGAGUUGUUGGAAAUACACGGAAGAUCCCACUCAAUUACAGAUCGGUCACAAUGUUUUCCAAGGAAAUGAAAGGAUCAGUUUGAAAAUAUCUCCAGCUCUAAAUUUGAAAGCUAGAGUAGAGUAUAAUCAUUUUAGAUCAGGUACUUUCGGAAGUAUACUCUUGAAAAAUAAACCGCUGGAACAAUUCAACAUACUACCGAAUGAUAUAUUGGUACAACAGAAUUAUUUCUUGAAUAACACAGGAAUUUUCGUUGUAAAUUUUGCUUUAUCACCUUACGCAACUAACCAAAACUUGAUGUUUACAAGAAAUUUCGUUAAAAACAACAAAAUCACCGAACCCUUUCAACCAGAGGAUGGAUCCAUAUCGAAUUUGGUUCCUAGAAGCAGAGUAGCAGCUCCAGUGGUUGUAGGAUCCAAUAACGUCAUCAUAUUCAGAAAUAUAAUAGAAAACCCGGAUUCAAAAUACGAAAUUGGAAGUCAUCUAGAAGAUCAGAGUAAAACUAUUAAUUGUACUUACAACUGGUUUGGAUAUGGAAGCGACGAAAAUAUCUUUCACAGAAUAUUUCAUAGAUUCGAUAGAUACAACCUAGCAAAAAUAGUUUUCAUACCUUUUCUCCUUCACAACUCCAAUCCACUUACCAACAAGUACGGUAUACAGCAAACCUACGUCCCAACUUUUUCUGCAAGAGAUUCCAACAGAAUUGGUGGUGAAAUAGAAGGAGAGGAGUUUCUUACAAGAGGAGAAUACGUGGUAGAAAAAGAUAUUAAUAUACGACCAGGUGGUAAGCUCACGAUAGAACCUGGUGUAACUUUAAGAUUUCCCUCAUCAAUAGGUAUGUUGGUCGGUGGACAACUUGAAGCACGUGGUGUGGGACCUGAUAGCAUAAAACUGACACUCAAAGAAGAAAUUUCCCAUUCCCAUGAUAACGAAACAUUUAACCCUGAUAUGGAAUAUGCCACAGAAUUCUCUCCACUAGAACCCAAAGGUUCGAUAAGAUUACUUGGAGGUAACACAGAUACAACAGGUCGUUUGCAAGUAAAAAUUAACAACGAAUGGGGAACAGUAUGUAACUAUGGAUGGACAAGAGAAAACGCUGCUUUGGUUUGUCAACAACUUGGUUUCGUCCUAAACCCCGAUGACUGGAUCGUAGAAAGAAAUGAGCUACCAGAUGCAGGUAUAACAGAAAAAAUUCUUCUAUCUAACGUUCAAUGCGAUGAUUUUGAUAUGGAUAUCACUAAAUGUAGAGCUGAAAGACCUAAUAGUUUCGAGAAUUCUUGUACCCAUGAAAAUGAUGUUGGCGUCAAGUGUUACAAAACUUCUUGGGCGGGUGUCAGAUUUGCCGGUUUGGCUGAAAGGAGUAACAUCCAGUAUCUGACCAUAGAACAAUCCGGGCUACUGGACUACGCUACAAACUCCUUUAAACCAGCCUUGCAAUUGGACUUUGCUAGACACAACUUCGAAAACAUAAAAAUAACGAAUAAUUUCCAAGAUGGCUUGGGUAUUCUGUAUUCCGACAUAUUCACAGACGACACGAUAAACAUAAUCAAAAAUUCAGAGUUCAGUAACAACAAAGGUGCUGGUAUCAGUAUUAAACAGUUUGGAUUGAAUGUUUAUGGGAGCGUAAUCGAAGGAAACAAAAUUGGAGUAAAACAUGACUCCUCAUUACCAGGUUUGCAGCAGAGGGAGUUUACUGGUUGGUUUGUAGACCAAGAAGAAAAUUACGUUUACAGGCCUAUUUCGAUCCCCUAUUAUACAGGUUCUAGAAACAUUGAGUUACAACACGGCGAGACUAAAUACUUGGUCACGCAAAGAGUUGAAGGUAAUGUUAUUAUGGAUAAUUACAUGAUAAGAUGCGAUCCCGGUUGGGUUAUAGGCAUACAGUUACUGAAUCCUAUCGAAAAUAGAAGUACUGAAGAGAUAUUCAUAAAGGACGCUUUGACCUCGAAUGGAAAAUCAGAUAGAUGGAGCCUCAAAAGAGAUUUGACUGUUUUUCCCACUACUUCAAGCAGUUACGGUAUAAUUCUAGAGUAUAGCAGUGGAACCCACGCUGUUGGAGGUACCGUGAUAGUUUUGAGCAAUAUAAGAGCACCGGUACAAAAUAUUGUUAACAAAAUAGUGAAAGGUCCGGUUCCAACACUCACAAUACAUAGGAGUGUAAUACGUAACAAUGAAAUUGGCAUCAUGGGUCUUUACUAUAAUAGAUAUCUCGAUGAACUAGGGAACCAUUAUUUGAGGAAAGCCAAUGAAACCCUAAAAUGUAUUUUUUGCGAUAUUUCUCAUAAUAAGCGGGAAGCAAUCCUGAUAGAAUCGCCCAACUGGGACCUGCACAAGAGCAAUAUUUCCGAAACGGUUAUUAUGAUAAAUAAUUCACUGAUAACAGAUAACGGUCAAGGAAUAUAUCAUUUUUCAAGGGACAUGAGGCAAUCUAAUAAUCUUUUCCAUUACGUUCUCCAGCAUGACACUAUCGAAAGGAAUAAAUAUGGUGGAUUCGAUAUAAGACUGCCGUACGUGUGGCAAUAUAACGAAAACUUUACCCACUCUGUUUUCAUGGACAAUAACACUUGGACGAACAAUAAAGACCUGAUAAUAAACAUAGACGGUCACUAUGCAGAAGUCAACAUUACGAGAACAAAGUUCAACAACAAUUACUGUAAAUCGGGGUUAUUAUCGAUUAAGGGCAUGGAGAAGAAGUUGUUGAUAGUCGAGAACAAGUUCAACGCCAACAAUGCGAAGUUUCUCAUGAAAUUCAACUUGGAUAGUCAAUCCGAAAUAGUGGGAGACGUGCCGGCCAUUUUCAUGUACAACGAAUUGAGGGAUAAUCGGUUCGUCCCAAUGAAAAUGGACGAUUUGAAAGCUUCGAAUCAAGAUGCGACAACUGUGAUAUCAUUCAAAGGCAUUCAGAAGGUUAGAGUGAGGAGAAACUUGAUGUCCAACAACGAUCUAGACUUCCUGCUAAUAGCUGGUAUCAAAACUGCCAAAAUUAACAAUACCAUAAACGUAGCAGAGAAUUGGUGGGGUACCGGAAACUUGCAACAGAUUCAAGAGAAAAUUUUUGAUUUUCACGAUUGGAACAAUCACGCUAUAGCAGAGUUUCAACCAUACCUCUUGAGUAAUGAUUUUGAAGCCAGCUUCUCUACGAGCUACGAUGUUGAACGUCAACUGGACCUCGACAACUUAGGUGGACAAAUUUUCGGCAAUCUGACCCUAUCCAAUAGUGGAAGACCGUACGUCAUUAAAUCCGACAUAACUGUUAUGCCAGGAGCAAUUUUAAGAAUUGAUCCUGGGGUUGUAAUGGAAUUCCCUCCAAACGUAGGUAUUUUAGUGCUCGGAUCCCUAAAAGCCAGAGGAUUUCCUGGCAACGAAAUCAUAAUGAGACCAAUUGGAAGGUCUGCACAGUAUAAAUACAUAACAAGGAAACGUAGAGGCAUGGAAAAGUACCAAACGCACCAAAUCAGGCUCUGCAAGGACUUGAGGUGUCAGAAUGAAGAUAACUUGGUUCCCAACGAAGGUUUUCUGGAAUACUUCAAUUCAACCACCUUUCAAUGGGUUCCCAUGUGUGAUCCAAGGUUCACAGAGAGAAACGCUCAAGUUGUAUGCAGAGAACUUGGCUUCGAUGCUCUAAACGCUUAUUUCGACCACGAUAUAAGAAUAGAAUUCCACAGUAACUCCCUUACCAGGAUUUGGUCAUGGCCUGAGCCUUUGCAAUGCGAAGGUACAGAAAGUAGAUACACAGAUUGUCCAAUAAGACUGAACGGGCAGCAGUAUGGUCACCGUCAUAGUUGCAAGUGGAACUCCAAAUUCGUCUUCAUCAAUUGUGGCGACAAAAUGGGAGACAACCGAGGUUCCUAUUGGGGUGGAGUGAGAUUUGCCGAUCCUCUAUUCGAACAACAAUUAUUCAUCCACAGAUUACACGAUGUUCACACGCACAGUGAGAUAAAGGAGGAACAAUCCUCGAUGGAAUUCGUGAAUAUAAUUGGUGCAGGUAUCCUCCACAAUGAGAAAUCUCCUGCAAUUCAGGGUAUCCUCAAGAGUCCGAAAAUAAGUUAUGUGACCAUCAAGGAUACAGCGUCUCACGGUCUCAACUUCAUUUCCCCUCAGAAAACUCUGAACCUGCUGCAUAAUACGAUAAAGAAUUCAGCAGGGGUGGCCAUUAAUAUAUUAUCUCUAACUGGGGAAGGCAGGGAAUCCGAACACUCUAGUUUCGCACCUUUGAGAGACCUCAACAUCCCCUAUCAAUUAUUUGGACUGGUGGACAUAUGCGAUCCUCACAAAGAAAUAAUAAUAGAGGAGAAGAUGCUGCUCUAUUAUAAAUACGACAAUCAUCCAGUGAAUUGCAUCAAGAUUUUCAAGAGUGCCUUCAACAUCAAAGGUAUAGGAUUCAGGCUACUUCAAUUCAAUCUCUUCAAUUCGACUAACAAGUAUACAGUCCCGGAUUUCAUUUCGUUAUACGAUGGUGAUAUAUUCAAUGUGACGUCUAAGAAGAUCGCCCAAUUCACGAUGACUUCUCAAAACGAGAAUAGAUUUUUCAAGACGGGACUUCCAAGUUUGAGCGUGAAGCUGUUUGCCAAUGGAGCAUCAUCAAAUCAUGGAUUUUUUGCUGAAGUUGUUACAUUGCCGAUAUCAGCCAUCAGUUUCAAUCGAGACGUUCAGCAUAAUAUUUCAUUCUCGACAAUGGAGAACAACAGAGAAGGAGGACUUCUUUAUAUGAGCGCUGGUGAGGUUAAUCCUGUGGUAACAGUGGAAAAAAAUCAAUUCAAAAAUAACUGCAAGAAAUUUUACGGAAACUUCACAACUUGUAAUGCUGCAGUGGAGAUGGAUGUGCAGAAUACCGAGUCCAUAUUUUUCAGGAACAAUUUGGUGGAGGGCAACCAAGGUGGUCUCACUAUAAGGUCCGAUUCUAGUAGUUCAGCGACAUCUUUGAAAGGAUACAUACAAAACAACUUAUUCGUCAACAAUACCAAUCUUCCGGCAUUAUAUAUCGAAGGAAGACAGUCUUCACCAUACCAAGAAGUUGUACUCAAAAGAAAUUAUUUUACUAGGAAUGUUUCACCGUAUGUCAACAAUAUAAUACUGAAACAGGUGGUUUCUAGCUUCACACAUAAUUAUGUGAAGAGGAAUAUCGGCUUGAGAAAUAUUGAAAUAUCUGGUUUUGCCAGAGUGAGGUUACCAAUCUUCCAGACCACGUCACAUAACGGAUUUUAUAAUAACUACGCAUUAGCCUGGGAUACUAAAUCAACAAUUGUGGCUGGAACAGCUGGUCAACAAUACGUUGACAACAUCUUUUCAAACCCUGACAACGACUAUGAGAUGAUUACCGUUAAUCGAUCAUUAUUCGAAUUUAAUAGCUCCCUACAACUGUGGAAUACUAAAAUCGACGCCAUAUCGAACUUCUGGGGGGUCAACAACUCACUGGCAGUAAGUGCAAGGAUCAGGGACCAAAAUGACGAUCCGCGUCUACUGGAGGUUAAGCAUGUGCCAUACCUCAUGAACAAUAAAUCCAUUCUGAACGAUGGAAAAUGCCCUCCUGGAUGGAACUUAGUUGGGCAAACUUGUUUUAUUUUCAUAGGGGCGCCUAUGAGUUUCCACGAAGCGAAAGCGUUUUGCGAAGCUGAUAAUGCUUCAAUGCCGUUCAUAUUGGGUAAUAUCCACUACUUACCUCUAUACAAUUUCAUCAAGAAACAGAGUCAGUGGAACAUUUAUUCAGAACGAGUUUGGGUCCAACACAUCGAUAAAAUAAACGAAUGUACCAUGUUCGCGUACCAAACGAUAGAUGUCGCCGACUGUGACUUGAAGAAUUCAUUUAUCUGUGAGAUAGAUCCACAGGUUACUAUAAGGAUCAUCCCCCUUACAGAUGAUAUUGUAACCUUGUCUAUAGUAUCUGGUGCUAUUGUUGCCUUAUUAGUGCUAAUCAUGGUGAUAGUUUGUUGGUGGAUGAAAUCGAAGUUCAGACAGAAACAGAGAUUGGAAAGACGAAACAGCAUCCGAACAAGUUUACAUUCACUUAGGUCUGUUGGCCUUACUCCUAGUGCCUUCUCAGAUCCUGGUUAUAGAAGAAAAGUAGGUCAAAUGAGUACAAGAUCUACAGAUACAUUGACGAAGGGAGCUGACUACAGAAAGGUUAUCUCUAAUGGUUCAAUAGACAGUAUGGAGAAAUCAGCCUAUAACUCCUCUAUAGAAGACACCCAUUCAGUAGAAACGUAUGAAAGCCAAAACCCCAAUCCGUCUGCUUUCACAUACAAUCAUGUGAUUGAACUUCACAAAUCACCUUCGAAAUUUGAAAAUCAAUAUGCAAAACCCAACACUUUUGAACUAGGAUACAAGAACAAUGGUUUCAGGGACAACUCAACAUUUGCCAGCACCUCAAAUUUUCACUCAGCCAACCAAAGUGUAGAUGAAGGCUCUAUAAAUGAUGAUGAGACACCCAUAAUGGAGUCACAAAACGGCAGGGGCAGUUCCUACCCUCCAAGUGAUUAUUACACUACUGAUACCCUUCCCUUAACUGGACAUUAUGACAAUAUAGACAACAGAAAUGAAAAUAAGCAACGUUAUGAUCCGAAAUAUAGUAGGGAUCGACCCAACAAACAGUUUUUGUAUGAAUUGAAACAAAGGAUACCCCAAGAAGAGUUACCUCCUCCUCCUGAACCUCCAUCUUCAUACGAAGACAAGAUAGCAGCUCUAGAAUUCAGCCCAGAUUACAACACUGUAGGCCUGGCUUCAUAUCAAGCUGACAGGCCUCCAUCUAGCAAUAUUUUAGAGACUGAUUUCGACACGAUAUCAUCACCAAGUUUACCAUCGCCACCUAGGGCUAAAAGUGAAAUGUUAUUAGAGACAAAUUUCGAUUAUACCCCGGUAGAUAGUCCUGUUAUGAACCAACCGAUUUCAAGCAGGAGUAAAAGUCAACCGUUGGAAACAGCAAUGUAAGAUUACCGUCCAAGUUGGAUACAUUUAUGUGAUAGGAAAAUACGUAUUGUUUUUGUUGGCUCGAAAUAUAUUUAUUCGAAAGCGUGAGCAUCACAUGGAUCCUUUCAUGAUUGUGAUAAUAGACGACUUGUUGAAGUGAAUAAUUAUUGUGUUCAUAAUAUCUUAAGCCUUUAACUCAAGUGCAAUUAUCUACAAAAGUUUAAAAAAAUUAUACUUAAAAAUAGUCAUUGGAUUAAUGUGAAUUUAUACAAUAUCUCUUGUUUACAAAAACAUUACCUUGUGUUGAAAUACAAUAUCUCGAACCAAAUCAGAGAGCCUAUGAGAAUCAUGACUGCCUAGAUUGUUUUUUAAUUGAAAAUAGGUACAAUAUUGUUCAGAUUCUAUAGAUAGGAUAUUUAUAUUUUUAUAUUAAGAUCUCAGUUUGUACAUAUAUGUAGGUCUUUAUUGAAUUUUUAAAUAAAUAGUAUUCUUAAA